CUGGCCUCCCUCUUUACACUCCAACGCAGAAAUGACACACCGGGGUCCUCUCUCCUUUCAAAGACGCGAGGAAAACUUUCCGGAGAAAAAAAGAAAUUUUUUUGUCUUUUUCCAUUGAAUGAUUACUGAUAAUCCCAAUACUGUCCAUAUUUUCUCUGCUUUUUUCUUCAUCACAUCCAUGAAAAGUUGAAGCUUGGGGAGUAUCAUGGACUCUCACUCUCUGCGUUUUAUCACCCACCACUCCUUCUUCUCUGCCCUUCGAUCCGGCAACCUCGACUCCGUCAAGCGCCUCGUGGAUGAGCUGACCGGAGACAACCCCUCAGAUGGGUCCGCGGUCGCCGAUCUUAUGGCUCUGCAGAACGACGCAGGCGAGACCGCCCUCUACGUGGCUGCUGAGAAUAAUCUGCUGGAACUUUUCAGAUUCUUGCUCAAGUUCUCUGAUAUGAAGACUCUAAUGAUCAGGUCCAAGUCUGAUAUGGACGCUUUUCACGUCGCCGCUAAGCAAGGCCACCUGGGGAUUGUGAAGGAACUUUUGGGCAUUUGGCCGGAGCUUUGUAAGUUGUGUGAUUCAUCAAACACUUGCCCCCUCUAUUCAGCUGCUGUUAAGGACCAUUUGGAAGUGGUGAAUGCCAUCUUGGAUGCUGAUUCCAGCUCAAUUAGGAUAGUAAGGAAAAAUGGGAAGACUGCAUUGCACACUGCUGCUAGGUAUGGUUACCUACGUAUUGUAAAAGCACUUAUAGACCACGAUCCAGGAAUAGUCAGCAUCAAAGAUAAGAAGGGACAAACAGCACUCCAUAUGGCUGUUAAAGGUCAGUGUCCUUCAGUUGUCGAGGAGAUAUUGUCUGCCGAUUGCUCUAUACUUAAUGAACGUGACAAGAAGGGCAAUACAGCUUUGCACAUAGCCACAAGGAAAGGCCGUUCACAGAUAGUAGGCCUUUUGCUGAGCUAUAAAUCUGUUCAUGUCAACACAAUUAACAGUCAGCAGGAGACCGCUAUGGAUUUGGCCAAUAAACUGAAUUAUGGAGAAUCAGCAUUGGAAAUUAAGGAAUUUCUAGAAGAAGCUGGUGCCAAGCUUGCUAGGCAUGUUGGCCAAGUGGAUGCAGCAAUGGAACUCAAAAGGACUGUGAGUGAUAUAAAGCAUGAGGUGCACUCGCAACUCAAGGAAAAUGAACAAACCCGCCGCCGAGUUUCUGGUAUUGCCAAGGAGUUAAAGAAACUUCACAGAGAGGCUGUUCAAAACACCACUAAUUCUAUCACAGUUGUUGCUGUUCUCUUUGCCUCGAUCGCUUUCUUGGCUAUAUUCAACUUGCCCGGCCAAUACUUUACGGAUGGAUCAAAUGUGGGGAAGGCUAAAAUAGCUGACAAUGUUGCUUUCCGAGUGUUCUGCCUUUUAAAUGCUACAUCUCUCUUCAUUUCUCUAGCCGUUGUUGUGGUUCAAAUCACCUUGGUGGCCUGGGACACUAGGGCUCAGAAGCAGGUUGUGUCAGUUGUUAACAAACUAAUGUGGGCUGCCUGUGCCUGCACUUGUGGGGCUUUUCUAUCAAUAGCUUUUGUAGUUGUUGGAAACCGAAAGUGGAUGGCUAUUACUAUAACGCUUAUGGGAGCACCGCUUCUUGUGGGGACUCUUGCAAGCAUGUGCUACUUUGUUUUCCGACAACGCUUUGGGAGUUUCCGCAGUGACUCCCAGAGACGCAUCAAAAGGGCAAGUGGGAGCAAGUCUUUCUCAUGGUCCGUGUACUCUGCAAAUAUAUCAGAUCUUGAUGACCAUAACUCUGAUUUUGAGAAAAUCUAUGCUCUUUAGACUGUUGAGUUAUCUUAUCUGCACAACGUCUAAUACCACUGAAUGUUCAUCUGAAUGCAAGUAGUGUGAGGUAUGCAAUUUCGAUAUUGUGGCCGCUCAAGGAAUCGAUGGUUGGUUUCGCCCCUAUCAUGGUCAACCAAGAAUGAUGUAUAUUCACAAACAUUGUAGUAUUAUGUUAGUUCAGUCCAUGUGAGAGUUUGCAUGUUUCCACCACAUUGUUUGCUGAUUGUGACAGGACCAGUUGGACUCUUCAUGUUCAAAGACAAAGAAUGAUGUAUAUUUACUUAUUUAGGCGCACUGAAAUGUAUUAUGUAGUUCAGUGUAUGUGAGUAUGUAUAUGUUUCCAGCAAAUUGCUUGCUGAUUGUGAUAGAACCAAUUAGAUUGCGUCUUUUGCUAGUC